CAAAGUGUUAACCAUAUGAAAUACGUUUUAGUGAGAGAAGGAAAAAAAAAUCUUGGAAGGAUUGCUUCGGCCCUGACCUCCAGGGCCAAAGCCCAACUCCAAUUGCGGCCCAGCCCAAUCUCCAAUCCUCGGGUCAUCCACUUCCCCCUCGGCUCGCCCAGCCUUCCUUGCUGCUCUCAUGGCGGCAGCAGUAUCCACGGCGACGUUCUCCGGCUACGCUCCUCCAUUUCCCAGCACCCGAAUCUCCAGCCCCAGCUACACCCCCCUCGCCGCAUCCACGUCUCGCUCCGGCCUCCGCCCACUUCGCGCCGCCGCCACCCUCCGCGAGGUCUGCGCCGGCCGCGUCCCGGACCACGUCCUCCAGAGGGCAGAGGAUGUGGGCUACGUCGUGCCCACCGAGGUGCAGGAGCAGUCCCUGCCGGUCCUGCUCUCCGGCCAAGACUGCAUCCUCCACGCUCAGGUUCCGGGAAGACGCUGGCCUACCUCCUGUCGGUGUUCUCGGCGAUAGAUGUCAGGCGGUCCUCGGUGCAGGCGCUGGUCAUCGUCCCGACGAGAGAGCUCGGCAUUCAGGUCACCAAAGUCGCGAGGGUCCUCGCGGCCAAGGCCUGCACCGUCAUGGCUCUGCUUGAUGGUGGGAUGUUGACGAGGCAAAAGAGCUGGGUCAAGGCAGAGCCCCCUGCAAUAAUUGUAGCUACUGUUGCAAGCUUGUGUCAAAUGGUUGAGAAACGUGCUUUCAGUCUUGGGUCCAUCAAAAUUUUAGUUAUCGAUGAGGUUGAUUUCAUUUUUGGAUCAUCCAAGCAAGUAAACUCUGUGCGCAAAAUAUUAACUUCUUAUACAGCAGCUUCCGGUCGUCAAACCAUAUUUGCUAGCGCGUCGAUACCUCAACACAAUCGCUUUGUGCAUGACUGCAUACAACAUAAAUGGACCAAGAGCAAUGUGGUUCAUGUUCAUGUCAAUCCUGUACAACCAAUGCCUUCACAGCUACAUCACAAAUAUGCGAUCUGCAUGAAGAAGGAAAGGCUGCAUGUUUUACUAUCCUUGCUUGAGAGGGAUGCACCAAAGUCGGCGAUUAUAUUUGUUGCUCAACAGUCUGAGAAAUCAAAAAGGGCUGGAAACCCUCCUUCGUCUAUACUUGUUGUCGAGUUUAUGAGAACUGCAUACAAUGGUAGCCUAGAGGUGCUUUUGUUGGAAGAAAACAUGAACUUCAACGCUCGGGCUACCUCAUUCACUGAAGUCAAGGAGAAAGGUUUCCUGCUAGUUUCUACAGACAUAGCAAGCAGAGGGUUUGACCUCCCUCAGAUCAGCCACAUAUACAACUUUGACCUUCCUAAGACAGCAACCGAUUACCUUCACCGUGCCGGAAGAACUGGGAGAGAACCAUUCUCCAAGUCGGAAUGCAGCGUGACAACUCUCAUAACAGAGGACGAGCACUUUGUGUUGCAGAGAUUUCAGAACGAGCUGAAGUUCCACUCUCAAGAGCUGCCCUUAGAGUCCAUGUUCACGUUUAACUUGUGACGCUUAGCUGCAGUCUGGAUGUAAAUAUUUCUGCUACCCUGUUUUGUUUUAUCUUGACUGGAGGGGAUGGUUUUCUGUAAACUCUAAGUUCCAGACCUACCUUGGUGAACAUAUGUGUUAAAGCAAACGCUCCUAGAUCUUUAUAA